AAGGAGGACAGGAUGUUCCAGUCCAUGAUGUCUGUGAUGACAUUCUCUGUGUCUGACAACAUCACACAUUCGACUGCGCUGGUGACAGCGCCGGAUAAUGUGACAACUCUGUCCCCAAUGACAAUGCACGUGACCAACGACACCAACAUCACAGUGCCACACAAGUGCCUGCUGCUGCUCUAUGAAGACAUUGGGAAGUCCAGAGUCCGCUACUGGGAUCUUCUGCUCCUGGUUCCCAAUGUGCUUUUCUUUAUGUUUCUCCUCUGGAAGCUGCCCUCUGCCAGGGCCAAAAUCCGGGUCACUUCCAGCCCAAUCUUCACGACAUUCUACAUUCUAGUAUUUGUGGUGGCUUUAGUUGGCAUUGCCCGAGCUGUUGUCUCCAUGACUGUGAGUGCCUCUGAUGCUGCCAUGGUUGCUGACAAGAUCCUGUGGGAGAUCACAAGGUUCUUCCUUCUGGCCAUUGAACUGAGUGUGGUGAUCCUAGGCCUUGCCUUUGGUCACCUGGAGAGCAAGUCGAGUGUGAAACGUGUGCUGGCAAUCACCACUGUGCUGUCUCUGGCAUAUUCUGUCACCCAGGGCACCCUGGAAAUCCUGUACCCUGAUGCCCACCUCUCAGCAGAGGACUUCAAUAUCUAUGGCCAUGGUGGGAGACACUUUUGGCUUGCCAGCUCCUGUUUCUUCUUCCUGGUGUAUUCCUUGGUGGUGAUUCUGCCAAAAACUCCUCUGAAAGACCGGAUUUCUUUGCCCUCCAGGAAGAGUUUUUAUAUCUAUGCUGGCAUUCUGGCACUGCUGAACCUGGUGCAGGGCCUGGGCAGUGCCCUCCUCUGUGUGGAUAUCAUAGAAGGACUGUGCUGUGUUGAUGCUACCACGUUCCUUUACUUCAGCUUCUUUGCACCUCUCAUCUAUGUGGCAUUCCUGAAAGGCUUCUUUGGGUCUGAACCGAAGAUCCUUUUCUCCUACAAGUGUCAGGUGGAUGAACCUGAGGAUGUGGAUGUGCACCUACCCCACCCUUAUGCUGUUGCCAAGAAGGAAGGGAUGGAUGCUGGGUUCUACUCAAGCACUCAGAUUGACACCACAGCCUAUCUGGAUGAUGUGGCCUCUAUGCCAUACCACGUGGGCAGCAUCAACAGCAUAGACAGUGACCGCUGGAAAUCCAUCAAUGCCUGAGGCAGGGCACCUCAAUCACAUGAGGCCUCACUUCUUUCCUUCCAAACUUCCUGAUACCACAGCUCUUAGGAUGUUCACUGGAAAUCUGUCCUUGGCUACCUGCUGUGGCUUUCCUCCUGUCCUUAGGAUUUCCAACACCUAUUGUGGAACUAAGUUGGCAGCCCAAACCCUUUUGGGAAGAACACUUUCUGUUGCUACAUGAGAACAUUGUAGAGUGGUUUUGUUCAUAAACCUUUAAACACUGAACUUUCCUGAUCCUCCAUGUUCCAGAUGUGAAUAUGACUCAGAAGAUAGCCCUGGCUGGCACCUUUCUUUUCAGUGGCUGAAAGCACUUGUUUCUCACUUAGAGCAAUGGUGUUUAGGGAUGGUUUGACUGCUGUAUUGUACAUGUUUAGAAAGAUUUUGGUGGUUGAAACCAAAGAUGAUCUUCCUGGGCUAAGCAGCAUGGCUGCCUGCAUCUUGCCAGAAUGCAGCAGCACAGGUGGUGAUAGUGUCUGAUGAGGGAAGCUGGUCACUGGGGCUCACCCUUGGUUUCAGCUAACACUGUUGAAAAUUGGGAGUUGGAGUUGCUAGUGGUUAAAAGGAAUGUUCUCAGUGUACGGGGAAAAAGAGGUCUGAAGUGGAAUGAAGUGUUCUCUGUGCCCAGAGAGCAUUUGGGGAAGGCUGGUAGCCCACAGCAUGGAUGUGAAGUGACUGAACAGUAGGGAGACAGAAGGACAAACAGUGCUGCUGUCUAGCUGAGCUGAAGGAGCUGUGAAGCAGUCUCUGGAGGCUGUAGUGCUGUGCAUUUGAGCUCACAGGAAAAUCUAACUAACAGCACUGAAUCAGGGCUGAGUUUCAGGAGUAAAACCUGUGAGGUAGGUGUGUUUUCCAUCUGCACCCUGCUUCAUGGCUUUGGCAGGGGCUCGGAGAGUGCUGGAGGAGGAAGGUGACUCUGCAGAUGAAGGCUCCAGAGACAUUCAGGUGCUUGAGGCAGAGCAGAAGCCUAUGAUGAGUCUGAGCUGUCAGAAUUUAGUGACUGGAAACUCAAACCCCUUAGAUGUGCUAGAACCAAGCUGGCUGGUGUGCUGCAGUGGGAGGUGGGUGUGUAUCUCUGGCAGUGUCCUUCCCCUACAUUGCAGUUCAGAUCCCCAGACUGCUGCUGGUCUGUGUAAGUUUUAUGGCUCAAUAUGUUGAAAAUGCUUAUGUGUAUGUGGGGAGCAGUCCUUUUAAAGACUUCCUGGAACUUCUUAUUGACCUCUUCCCUGCUGGAAAAGGGACUCCUGUUGUCUGAGCUGUCUGGCAUGCAGUUUCAAGGCAUGGUGUUCCAAUCCAGCAACUGUUCCUAUAAAGGCUGCAUCAGUCUGGUUUCUGGAAUAUCCUGUGCUUUCCAAGGGUGAAGAUGUGUAUUCCUCUAAAUUUGGGGAUGCUUUCCUACCCGAGUCCUUCAGGUAGGUGGAGAUCUGCUUUCCACUAAGCAGAUGGUAGCUUAGUGGAUGGUAGCUAAGCAGUAAGCAGCUUUCCACUAGGGAUGGUAGAUGGAGGGAGUUUGCAGUGUUUGGGGGCUGUGUGAAUCUCUUGCCCCAACUUACUGCUGUUCCUAAAGAAUAAGGUAAGAGUUAGCCAGGUGCAGAGUGGAGGUGUUGGUUUGGAUCAUUAGGUGGAGGAUGGUGUUUGUUACCAGGUGUUCCCACCACAGGGAAAGAAAAUGUGGGUAAGAACAUGAAGUUCAUAUUGGUUGCCAAAACUAUGCAGGCCUUUGCUUAUCUUAUUUUGUUAAUGAGCAAUGCAGCUUCUCUGUCUGCCUGGGUACUUUGCCCUGCAGGCCUCUAACUAGC